AUGGUGAAAAGAUGUGAAAACUUGCCACUAGUAGUAAAGGCACUUGGAGGGCUUCUAAGAACAAUGGAUAGUCCUAAAGAAUGGGAGGAUGUAUUGAAUAGUGAGAUUUGGAUAGCAGAAGGCAAAACUAAAAUUCUUCCUUCUUUAAAACUGAGUUACCAAUAUCUGCGCCCAGAACUGAAAAGAUGCUUUGCUUACUGUGCUCUCUUUCCCAAGGACUACGAGCUCGACAAGUCCACGCUAGUAUACCUUUGGAUAGCAAAAGGUUUUUUAAAAGUAUCACAAAGAGAAAUGUCAACACAAUUAGGCAAUAAAUAUUGUGACGAACUGUUUGCGAGAUCAUUCUUCCAAAAAUCAAGUGCUAGUUCUUCAUAUUAUGUGAUGCAUGACCUCCUUAAUGAUCUAGCUAAAUUUGUUGCUGGGGACAAAUGUUUGAGGAUGGACGAUGAGUUGAAGGAAAAGGUUCCUAGCUACAUUUUUGAAAAUGUCCGUCACUUGUCAUUCAUUCGCCAUGACUAUGAAAUAUACCAAAGAUUCAAUUUUGUUAAGGAAAUUGGAAGCUUAAAGACAUUUUUGCCGCUACCCAUUCAUAAUCAUGGUUUCUUUACCCAAAGAGUUUUGGUUGACAUAUUGUCAAAAUUGCACUACUUAAGAGUGCUAUCGUUAAAUGGUUAUUCAAUAGAUGAGUUGCCAAAUUCUGUUGGUGAUUUAGAAAGUUUACGCCUCAUUAAUCUUUUCUAUCUAGACAUUGCUAGUACUGAAAAAUUAAAUGAGAUGACUCAAGGAAUCGCUCAACUAACAAGUUUGCAAACGUUAUCCAAGAUGAUU